UUCAGGACUUUUUAUUGACAUGAUCAAGUGCACAUAAGUAGCCGGGUUACUGAUUACAGGUGAUGUUGUAGUUUGUUUGUGAUAAGACUGUCGCUUUGAGAACAAAGUCCUGCCAGGUACAACAAGCCGUCAGCUACUUCAGCACAUCCCACCCAUCCCUCUCAGGACCACUGCUGCUGCUCAGGCCUCUCUGUGUUGUGUUUUCUGCCUCCUCGCAUCUAUCGAGAACAGCAUCAUGAGUGUAGAGUCCAAAAAAACACGUGAGGCCUGCUGCUCCAAGCUCAAGCUCUUCCUGGCCUCGCUGGCAUCUGUGUAUUUUGCCAAAGCCUUUUGUGGAGCCUACAUGAAGAGCUCCAUCACUCAGAUCGAGAGACGCUUCGACAUCCCCAGCUCCCUCAUCGGGGUUAUCGAUGGCAGCUUUGAAAUGGGCAACCUGUUGGUCAUAGCCAUUGUGAGCUACUUCGGUGCGAAGCUCCAUCGUCCGCGGCUGAUCGGUAUCGGAUGUCUGAUCAUGGCUGCUGGAUCUUUCCUCAUCGCCAUGCCCCACUUCUUCCAGGGAUUGUAUAAAUACGAGACAAGUGUGACUCACAGCAAAGACAUUAACAGCACCGAGAACAUCCUGCCCUGUCUGUCCAACCACAGCAUGACUGACGCAGAUGAGACGCUUGAUUUGGGGCCUAAAGCAGCUUGUGAGAAGGCAGCUGGCUCGUCCAUGUGGAUCUACAUUUUCCUGGGAAACAUGCUGCGGGGGAUUGGAGAGACUCCCAUCAUGCCUCUGGGUGUGUCCUACCUGGAUGAUUUCUCCAGAGAGGAGAACACUCCUUUCUAUUUGGCUUGUAUCCACACAGUGGGAAUCUUAGGACCUAUGUUUGGGUACAUGCUUGGCUCCUUCCUUGCCAAGAUCUAUGUAGACAUUGGAUCUGUGGAUUUAGACAGCAUCACCAUUAACCACAAGGACUCCCGCUGGGUGGGGGCCUGGUGGCUGGGCUUCAUAGUGACCGGCACCGUGCUGCUGCUCUCCAGUAUCCCAUUCUGGUUCCUGCCCAAGUCUCUGCCCAAGCAGGGCCAGGAGGAGAGUCAGAGUAAGAGCACAGAGCUGGCCACAGUGGCAGAGCAGGAGAACUUCCUGGCAGAGGAAAACCAGGAGCAUGACGAGAAAGAGAAGCCGGUCACGUUCCACGAGAUGGCUAAAGAUUUCAUUCCGUCUCUGAGACGACUCUUCAGGAACAGCAUCUUCACACUGAUGAUCCUCACGCACCUCGUGGCCGUCAACGGCUUCAUCGGCCUCAUCACCUUCAAGCCGAAGUACUUGGAGCAAAUCUACGGCCAAUCCGCCUCCAGGGCCAUUUUCCUCAUAGGUAUCCUGAACCUGCCGGCCGUAGCCUUGGGCAUUAUCACCGGAGGGUUUGUGCUGAAACGCUUCAAGCUGGGCAUCAUCGGAGCAGCCAGGGUGUCCAUUACUACCACAGUGGUGUCCUUCAGUAUGCUUUCCAUGCAGGUCUUCAUGCACUGUGGACAAGCAGACGUGGCUGGUCUCACCGUCUCAUAUCAGGGGGCUCCUCAGGUGUCACACAACCAUCAGGCUUUGCUGUCGCAGUGCAAUGUGGGCUGCUCCUGCUCGAUGAAGCACUGGGACCCGGUGUGUGCCUACAACGGCAUGACGUAUGCCUCGCCAUGCCUGGCCGGCUGCCAGACCUCCACUGGCAUUGGCAGGGACAUGAUGUUUCAUAACUGUAGCUGCGUCGAAGACAUGAGGACAUCAGCUGCGAACAUGUCUGCAGUGCUGGGCCAGUGCCCCAGGAACAGUGACUGUGACGGCAUGUUUAAAAUCUACAUGGCUCUGUCUGUGAUUGGAUCCUUCAUCUCUGCAUGUGGGGCAACGCCAGGAUUUAUAGUGCUGCUCAGAUCCAUACAGCCAGACCUGAAGUCCUUGGCGUUGGGAAUGCAGACACUGAUCGUAAGAACUCUGGGUGGGAUCCCUCCUCCUAUUUAUUUCGGAGCACUCAUCGACCGAACCUGUUUGAAGUGGGGUACCAAGCAGUGUGGAGGUCGAGGAGCAUGUCGGAUCUAUGAUGCUAACGCUUUUAGGGUGACAUACAUGGGCUUGAUAAAUGGAUUCUACUUCCUGUCCAACGUGCUGUGGGUGGGUCUCUACCUCCAAAUUGUCAAGCGACAGAAGAAGUUAGCGUUGAGGAAUCAGGCUAAAGAAAACGGACUAGAGGCGAACGGACAGGUCAACGGACACGCCAACAUCAGCAUCGCCAAAGACAAAGAGGACGCAGACAAGGAGAGCACCAUUUAAGGUGGUAUGACAUCAAACCAUAAUACAGGUGAAUGACACAUGCAGUAUUUCCCAUUACUUAACUACUGUGCUGCACCCGGACUGGACCAGAUACAGUAAUGGUACAGUGUCAGAAUUGUAUACCUCUUUUUCUAUGCAGUAUGUGUAUAUAUGCUGUAUUCAUAUAUACAGUAUAUGCUCAGUAUAGUGUAUGUACAGUACAUUGUUUUAAAUACUUGUUCAAGACAAAAGUGUUGUUAUGAGUUACUGACAAAGUCUUUUUGAAUAUGGCACUUUGUGGGAUUAUGGAUCCCUCUGCUUUGUCUUCAAUGAAUUAUAUUAUAAUGAAGACACUGAGGGUCGUUGAGGGUAUCAUGUGUGAUAGUUUAGUAAAAAUGUCAAGUUUAGACAAGAUGAAGCGGCUUAAAUACACAAGGAUCACUAUAAGAGGUAUAAUUAGGAAUGGCAGAUAUUUGAAUUCCCAUACAGAUGAUUAUUUUUGUUUUAAGAAAAAAUCCUUCACUUACUGUACAUACAGUAUGAGUUUUUAUAGAUGGUACCUGUACCCAUCAGAGUCAGUGAAGUCUGUGAUUGCUGAAGGAUGAUCCAGUCCGUGAAGGCAACACAAGAAUGAAAUAUAUUUAGUUUAUUAAAGAAGAUUGACCAGAUGUGUAAUACUUGAACGAGGAGGAGGAGAUCCGGACACAUCUUCUUAAAUCACCAUUUUAUAUUUGCAGCUCAAUCCCACUUGAGGUGGUGCCCAUAUAUGGGUCACCUAAAGGAGAAUAGUUCUGCUCGAGGAAUAAGAAAUAUGAAACUACAGACUGCCAUUUGUUAGAUCAGCUCAGCUUAGCACAAAGAUGCUCAACACUGGUUAGUUUGUUUAGUCUGCUCAAAAAGUCAAUUGUAAAAACUUUGUACAUGUCGUAAAUUGUAUGUAACGUAUUGAAUAGUGAGCGUCAGACUUGUGAUGUACAAUGUACACAACUCGACCAGUAGGGAAGUAAGAAAUCACUCAUAGUUGAUGGAGUCGAGAAUCGUUUUGUCUAUCGGUGCUGAUAGGGGCCAAAUGUUUCUCUCAAACUGUACAAAGAUCCUCAAGUGAUUUUCAGGUCCUGGGUUAUCUUUGUAUGAAAAGUGUUCUAUAGGUAUGGGGGGUGUCAGGAGUACAGAUGAUCAAGACAAUUGAAAAAAUUAGACUAGAACCAAAAUUAUCUAGUUGUGUUUUCCAAACUACUUUGCUAUGGAUAUUAGCUGAUUCCCCUGUGAUAGCUUUGGCCUCUGGAAAAAAAGAACAGGAUGUUUGGGGGGAUUUAUUAUUCCAAAUAAAUUCUGAGCUCUGAGAAAUCUGCUUUAUUGGCAUUAAAGGGGACAUUGUAUGCCCAUUUUACCACAAGUUGAUAUGGUUCCUUGGGGUCUUAAUGAAAUGUCUGUAACAUACUUUGGUCAAAAUACCACAAGGAUCAUUUCAAACA